AUGUCCUCCCAACCCGCUCCUCCCCGCCCUUCAAACGACCACCGCCGCACCUCCGGCGCCCCAAAACGGCAAUCCAUCCUCCCAAAACCCUCUUCCAUUUUCCUCGACACCACCGUCCUCAUCGCCCAACACGCGCAAAUCACCGGCACGCACCCCGUCACAAUCGGCCCUAACACCGUUCUCCACCCUCACAGCAAACUCAGCAGCGCAGUCGCACCUGUUGUCCUCGGCGAGGGCUGUGUAGUUUUUGAACGCGCGAAAGUAGGUGUUGGUAUGGGUGCUGAGGGGGGUGCGGAGGGGAAGAGAGGGAGUAUGGCACCUCCUGCAAGGGGGAGUGGGAGUGUAAGGGAAUCUAUGCGCAGUGAGGGAACGGUGCUGGGUAGGAAUGUGGUUGUUGAUUCUGGGGCUGUGGUUGAGGCGGCGGAGGUGGGUGAGGGGAGUGUGGUUGAGGUUGGUGCUGUGCUGGGGAGGGGCAGUAUUAUUGGGAGGUACUGCACUAUAUCGGCUUCUUCAGUUAUACCACCUUAUACCCGUUUGCCAGAUUAUACGGUCGUGUAUAGUGGGAAUCAACAAAGGGUGGAUCGGACGCUGCAGUUAAGACCGGAGAUUCUGGAACAGAAGAUGGCGGUGCAUGCGAAGCAGCUGGAUAUGUUUAAGAAGCUUAUUCCCAAUAACAUUGCGAAAUGGUCUUGA